AUGGAGGUGAAAGAGACAGGGCAGAAGGCUCAGCACCAUGCGGACCGGAGAGCGAGAGAACUUUACCGUUACUACCAGCCGGCUAUGCCAGUUGGCGUAGUUCCGUCUUGGCUGUCUGCAGGCAACGGUCUCUCUUCCCCGAGCUCAAAUGGGACCUCACAAGUGAACACACCCCCGAUACAAGAAAUACAAGAAGGGUCGUGCAAGUCGGGCAGCAGCACCGCUUCCGGUCCUUCCACGGCGAUUGGGCCCGAGUCCCUGGUUCUAGGAACAUCCAACAAUACAUUGACAUCCUUUGCGCAACUGGCGGCGUUGCGCUUGAAUGUGGAACGCGCUUUCAUUUGCGUACUUGAUAGAGAUCAGCAGUUUGUUUUGGCCGAAGCAACCAAGUCCAUGAAUUUGAAUGACACAUCACAACAUGAUAAACAUGAUCAGAUAUGGAUGGGGUCAUCUGGGAGUCAUAAGGCAUGGAAUCUGUGUCAGGACACUGCCGCCUUACCUCCUUCCAAUCGCCAGAAUGCGCACUAUCAAUUACUUACCAUCAACGACUUGAGCGAACACGAACGGUACAAACAACUCCCAUUUGUCGAGAAGGAUCCCAAAUUUAAGUUUUACGCCGGAACCCCCUUAACCACGAAUAAUAACAUCAACCUGGGAUGCCUUUUCGUGCUGGACAGCAAGCCUCGCAACGGGUUAUCCGAGCUAGAGAGAGACACACUAGGGUCGCUGUCAAUGUUGAUAUUGGAUUACAUGAGGAUUUGUCGCCAAGCCUCCGAGGGCCGACGAGCUGCACGCUUAUCAAGAGGAUUGAGCUACUUCGUUGAAGGUAGCUCAAGUUUUGUCGAUACCCUCGAUCCUUCCCGAGCCGACAGCAUUGGCCUGUUCUCUGCGACCACCCAGUCGACCAGCAAUCGCCUCAGUACUUUUGGAGACUCUCGCGAGGGAAACAGCGCGGAUCAUGCAUCGCACAACGGAUCACGCGAAAGCCCAUACCAGACAGCAUCGCAUAGUGGAUCUCGUGAAAGCCCAUAUCAGACGGCAUCACAGAGUGGAUCUCGUGAAAGCCCAUAUCGGACGGCCUCGCAUAGUCCACCAAAUGCUCGCUCUCUUAGCAAUGAGGUGCAAUCCUUCGAUUCGGAUGUCUCUGAAUCGAAGCUCGAUGCAGGAACAUCCGGCGCUGCGAGCUCUCUGCCAGAAUGGGUCACUAGUAGUAGUCGAAAUCGACUACCGCCAGAUGACUCACAGGGAAACUCGUGGUGUUUUAGCCGUGCAGCAAAUCUCCUUCGUGAAAGCUUAGAUCUAAGUAGAGACGGUGGUGUAGCUUUCUUUGAGGCGAACAAUACUCCUUUCAUGGAACCUGAUAGUGAAAGCGAUUGUUCUGCCGAUACAAGUGGACCCGCCACGAUUUUCUCGUUGUCCACCCAUGAUGAGCCGUUUUCUUUCAGCCAAAGAGAUGAGUCGGUCACCAACCCUGUUGCCAAUCUUGAUCGUACAUUUUUAUCCCUAUUACUUCGACGAUACCCCAAAGGCAAGCUUUGGUCUUUCCACCGAGAUGGCCUGAUAUCAACCUCUGAUGAUGACGAUGACCACAUUCCCCGGUAUUGGGAAUCUCCUGGUGCCAACCGAUCUGCUCCAGCCUCUUCAACCAUCGGUGGUUCGAAACCCAUGGCCAAGCGACGAAAAGCCGCAGAGAAUACGAUGCUGAACUUGUAUUUCCCAAAUGCUACGCAGAUCAUUUUUGUACCUCUGUGGAAUGCCGUCAAUUCUCAGUGGUUCUCAGGAUGUUUUUGCUGGACCACAGUGGAAACGCAAGUCUUCACAUCAGCUGUGGAACUGAGUUCCGUUCUUGGUUUUGGGUCAUCUGUAAUGGCAGAAUACAGCCGCGUGGAGUCACUAAUCGCAGAUCGGCAAAAGGGGGAUUUUAUCGGAAGUAUCUCACAUGAGCUUAGAAGUCCACUUCAUGGUAUCUUAGCUGCAGCGGAAUUCCUGAACGGCACACAGCUCAGCGAAUUUCAAGAUUCUUUGCUUGAGACGGUCAAUGCCUGCGGCAGGACAUUGUUGGAUACAAUGAAUCAGGUCCUUGAUUUCAGCAAAGUUGUUUCGCUCGAACGAACCUGGAAGUCCAUGAAAAAGAGGAAAGAGACCCCGCUCGAUUUCAAAGGAACUGACAAGUUGGCUUCUCAUUUGGACACCUAUGUAGCCACAGACCUUGCCAUCCUAGCCGAAGAAGUUGUAGAGGGUAUCUGUUUGGGGCAUGCUUAUGGCCAAAAUUCAAACGCGGCUGCCGAUAUCCCGGUCCUCCUGUCGCAGAACAGCCCAAAGGCCCAGUCUCCCUCCAAUGUGGAUGUGGUUAUCGAUGUUGAGCAGCGAGAUUGGGUGUAUCGAACGCAGCCUGGGGCUCUCCGCCGAAUAAUUAUGAAUUUGUUCGGAAAUGCAAUGAAAUACACAGACCAUGGGAGGGUGAGUCUGAGUUUGGAAGCUUCGAGCCACUCAGAAGGCCGCUCUAGAAGGCAAGGCUUAGAGGAUCUUGUCAUACUGACGGUUUCCGACACCGGAAGAGGCAUUUCGGAAGAGUUUCUGCGUGGGCGACUCUACACGCCUUUCGCCCAGGAAGAUUCGCUUGCUGUGGGUACAGGGCUGGGACUUUCUAUUGUACGCAGUCUUGUCAAGGCUUUGAAUGGACACAUUCGCGUCCGCAGUCGUCCCAAUCAAGGCACUGUUGUACGGGUAUCUCUGCCAUUGGCAAGACCUGUAGGGGAAGAGAGCCCACCCGUGGACCCACAUGCAUUGAAUAUGCAACAACGGGAAAUUCUCACACAAACCAUGUUCCUCCAUCAAGGAUAUCCUGAUAGAAAGGUUGCCAUUUGGGCUACCGAUCCUUCGAACUUGGCAGAGCCAUGGGUGGAAAUCGCCAAGUAUAUGACUGAGUGGUUCGGUCUGGAAAUUGUUUCCUGGCCGCCUGCUGGGCCUAUUGAUAUUUUGCUUGUCCAAGAGUCUGAUCUGCUUGAACUCCGCAAGGGAAUGUCUGCCACACUCCCAGCCCUUCUGAUUCUUUGCCACAGGUCAGUUGACUACAGCAAAGCACGCUCUGAAUGGCUACCUUUGUCCUCUUCUGUCGACAUCAUCCGAAGCCCAUGCGGGCCCCACAAGUUGGCCCGGAGCGUGCUCAAGUGUCUCCAGCAUGGAAAAUCGGCCUGUGUAACUCCAUCUUCAGUUCUGCAGGAUCCGAUGGACCUUGUUAUCCGGACUGCACCUCUUCCCACCGUAGUUGGGUCUCCUGGGAUCUCACCUAUCGAAUCUCCCUUGACUGAAAUCACUGGUUCGGAGACUGCAGGUGGUAGUCCAAAGUCAACAAAUGCCACGUCACCGGACUCACCUUCAGUCAUAUCUUCGCCACCAGAAGCCAUUGUUGCUGCGCCGUUGCCUGGACCAUUGGCGGAAACCUCCGUACCCCCGCUGCACGCAUCGCGUGUUCUGGUCGUUGACGACAACCGAAUAAACCUCAAUCUGAUGAUCACCUUCAUGAAGAAGCGCAGACUUACCGAUUUGAUGGCUGCAGAGAACGGCAAGUUAGCUGUGGAAGCGGUCGAGCAAGCGCCACAGGGGUUUGACAUUAUCUUUAUGGACAUGUCAAUGCCUGUCAUGAAUGGGUUCGAGGCGACCCGGGCCAUCCGUUCAAUGGAGAGAGAAGACGAUAGUCGUGGACCGGCCGUCAUUAUCGCCUUGACUGGCUUGAGCAGCUCCCGCGAUGAGUCUGAAGCUCUGGCAUCUGGUGUAGACAUGUUCCUCACGAAGCCAGUGUCAUUCAAAGAAGUCUCUCGCCUUCUUGAUGAAUGGGAAAAGAACGGACUGAAAAAUGAGCGAAAGGUGGGCAAUUGA